GUCUGUCCUCUUCAUUCCUGCCUUUCCUGUAGAGUUAGGGAUAAGGUUAAAGAUUCUGAACUGACAAUGGCAGAUGAUGAAGACUUGGAUUUUUAUGAGUGUAUACGCUGCUCCUCUGCAUUUCAUAUCACAGGGGUGUGUCUUGCCUCUGGCUCUAAAUAUUUAGCUGGUCAGUUUGUAGUGUGCAGUCGACAUUUUAAUCCGUCACCAAAGACUAACCCAUUGCACGCUCGAUUCGGAGUUACGUGGUGUUUCUCAUGCGAAAAGGGUGGUGGCAACAUGCUGAACUGUGAAUCGUGUCCGGCUGCCUACCACUCGACAUGCCUAAAUGUGGCGGGUGCUGAUAAGAAGGGGUCGCAGCAGACGACAUUGACAGGGCUUGAAAACUGGAAAUGUCCUGAUUGUUCAGCCGGUGUUCAUCCCCUCUAUGGUGAUAUAGUUUGGGUGAAAUUUGGAAGUUAUAGAUGGUGGCCAGCCCAGAUAUAUUGGCCUUAUGAGGUGCCGCAAAACAUAUCGGACCUACCGCAUGAUGUCGGUGAGUUCCCUGUCUGCUUCUUUGGCUCUAGGGAUUAUUUGUGGCUGAACAGGAAAAGGGUCUUUCCAUUUAAGAAAGGCGACAAAUGCUGUAAGGAUUCGUCAAAACGUAGUGGUGGAAAGCUUUUCGAUAAAGCCAUAAAAGAAGCACUUGCCCUCUACAACAGCAUGCAGUCAGACCCAACACAAUCAUACCAGCAGUCUUCGUUGCUGAAGAAUAAAAGGAGGUCGAGUAAGAAGAAAAAUAAUAACAAGG